ACUCUCUUUCUAUCUGAACCAUCCCCGAUUCGGCGUAUAGGUUUUCAUUUCACUUCAAUCUUCGGCUCACACUCAUCUCUAUCCAAGCUAGCAAAAAAUAAAGAGCAAGGGUUUUUCUCUUCAAACAUGCUUUUCCUUUAACUUCGAUUUUUAAAUGUAAUUGAAAUUCAGAUUCAUUUUCAUUUCAUUUCACUUCACUUUUCUCCUCACUCAAUUUUAGGGCUCUUCUCUCUCUCUCUCUUCCCCAAAACCCUUUCACAAUACGAUUUCUCUAUUCUGAUUACUCGAUCUCGCUAUGGAAUCUCGAGAUUUGACACCGUCUUCUCCGUCAUCAACCGCCACCACCGAACUCGAAGACGGAGGACUCACUAUCACCGUCGCUAUGGCUAAAGAAGCCGCUAUGCAUUAUCAAUCUGGUAACUUCGAUGAAUGCCUCGAGCUUUUGCAUCAACUUUUGGAGCAGAAACCGAACGAUCCAAAGGUCCUUCAUAAUAUAGCUAUUGCAGAAUUCUUUCGAGAUGGUUGUUCUGAUCCCAAAAAGUUACUUGAAGUAAUCAAUAACAUAAAGAGAAAAAGUGAAGAGCAUACCCUGACUUCUGGGGAUCAAGGAGAAUCAGUUAACAGUGUUGGAAAUAAAGUUACUUUGGGAUCCAAAGGCAGCAAUACCUCGGCACUGCAGUUGCAUACAGAUGAAUUUGACUCUUCUAUCGCUAGGCUGAAUAUUGCCGUCAUCUGGUUCCAUCUUCAUGAAUAUGCAAAGACGGUAUCAAUUUUAGAACCCCUAUUUCAAAAGAUUGAACCCAUAGAUGAGCAGACAACGGCCCUGCAUGUUUGUCUUCUUCUGCUUGAUGCUAGCCUUGCUUGCCAAGAUGCAUCUAAAUCAGCUGAUGUGUUGACUUAUCUGGAAAGAGCAUUUGCUGUUGGUAAUGCGAGUCAAGGUGACAAUGGGAAUACUGCACAGCAACAAUCUGCAAAUCUAAUCACAAAGUCUGCACCUGUCACCAUUAGCGAAUCUGCUGAUCCAUCCAGUUCGGAUUUAGGGUCAAGUGUUAAUGCACCUGAAAAUCAUCUAUCCAGAACUUUGUCUGAAGAUGCGCUUGAUUAUGAAGCCAUGAUUUUGGAUAUGGGUGGACAAAGUUUAGCCAGGUCAAUGGGCCCUUCUUCAAAUGAUCUUUCGCGGGCUUUGGUUGAUAAGUUUUCUACUGUUGAUUUAAAGCUUAAGUUGCAACUUUACAAGGUUCGGUUUCUGCUUAGUACUAGGAACCUGAAGCUUGCAAAACGAGAAGUCAAACUGGCUAUGAACAUCGCACGUGGAAGAGAUUCAUCCAUGGCUCUUCUUUUGAAAUCUCAACUAGAAUAUGCUCGUGGUAACCACCGCAAGGCAAUAAAGCUAUUGAUGGCAUCAAGUAAUAAUAGGACAGACACAGAGUUUUCAAUCAUUUUUAACAACAAUCUUGGUUGCAUUUAUUAUCAGCUCGGGAAAUAUCAGACGGCCUCAUUUUUCUUCUCAAAGGCACUAACUGAUUGUUCGUCCUUGCGAAAGGAGCAACAAUUAAAGCUGACCACUUUCUCGAAGGAUAAUUCUUUCCUUAUAAUUUAUAACUGUGGUGUGCAGCACUUGGCUUGUGGAAAGCCAAUACUUGCGGCUCGAUGUUUCGAGAAGGCAAGUUCGGUCUUCUACAGACAGCCUCUCUUGUGGCUCCGACUCUCAGAAUGCUGUCUGAUGGCUUUGGAAAAGGGCCUAAUCAAAUCAUGUCGGGUUCCUUCAGAGAAGUUGGAGGUUGGAGUUUGCGUUGUUGGGUUUGAAAAAUGGAGGCAACUUGUUGUGAAAGAUCAAAUUCCAGGUAAUGGACAAGUGGACUCCUCAAAAGGGAAUGAUUGUUGUCCUAGUGAAGAUGGGCGGCUGAAGUUAUCUAUUUCCCUUGCUCGGCAGUGCCUCUUGAAUGCUCUGCACUUGCUGGACUCCUACAGCACAAAUCGUUUGAAGUCUAGUUUGCCCUCUAAUUCUUCUGUAGAAAACGAUACAAGUGAAGUGCCGCUUUCAAAGAAUUCAAAUCGUAAAAACUUGCACGGCAUUGAUUCAAAGGCAUUUUCAGUAGCAGUAGGUUUAGGUCAGGUAAAUUCAAAUGGGGACACAAAAGAGCAGAAGGGAGGAGCUAGUCAGGAACUCUUUCAGAACUCCCUCUCAUAUUAUGAAGAUCUCUGUAGAAGAGAAAAUCAAUUGGUCAAGCAAGCUGUUCUUGCUAAUUUAGCAUAUGUGGAGCUGGAAUUGGACAAUCCUGUGAAGGCUCUGUCAGCUGCAAAAUCUCUUUUAGAACUUCCAGAAUGUUCCAGAAUUUACAUCUUUCUAGGCCAUGUUUAUGCGGCAGAGGCUCUUUGCUUGCUGAACAGACCAAAGGAAGCUGCUGAGCUCUUAUCAUAUUAUUUGUCUGGAGGAAACAAUGUUGAAUUGCCAUUCAGCCAAGAGGACUGUGAGAAAAGGGUAGUGGAGAGGGCUGUUGAAUUUGAAGAGGUAAAUGGAGGAUCCACUGCUGCCAAGAAUUCUUCUCUCCAGGACACUCAAAGUAUCAUUUUCCUCAAGCCAGAGGAAGCACGAGCAGCAAUUUAUGCAAACUUUGCCGCAAUGUCUGCAAUGCAGGGUGAAUUUGAGAAAGCCAAUAUAUUGGUUACACAGGCAUUGUCCAUAUUACCGAACAGCCCAGAAGCUACAUUGACUGCAGUUUAUGUGGAUCUCUUGCUUGGUAAGCCACAGGAAGCUCUAGCCAGACUAAAAAGCUGUAGCCGUAUUAGGUUCCUGCCCAGUGAAACAACUUCAAAUAAAUCUUCUUGAGUGUUGUAUGCAUGGUCUUAUCAUUGUGCCUGGCCCACCUCUCAGCGUUAGUUAGCAGGUAGCUUAAUCCUUCCAUAGCAUUUGUAACAUAUAUAAGUUCAAUUCAGGAAUAAUUUUUUUUUUUUUUUUUUUUUGUGAUUCGUUGUCCUUAUAGUUCUCAAAUUUAGGGGUCAGUUACAGGUGGAAGCUGUGUUUUGGUUAGUGUUAGUUCCCACCUUUGAAAUUUGAGGUGUAGAUCUGAUUCGGAUUGUGUUUUUACUUUCUAGAGGCUAAUUUAGUUGAUAUUCAAGAAUACAGGUCAUGUGCUUAUAUUGAGAAAACUGAAAAGUGGAUAGUUGUUUUGGAAUUCCAUUUUUAAUCGGAGAGAGCUCGCUCUUUCUAAAAUUA